GAAGUGACAAGCUGCGUGCUCAGCUGACGCAGCAAAGAGAAGCAGACCCUUAGAAGAGCGCCCCCCCGACCAGGCAGAGAUCCAGUCCACUUAUUGACAAGCCAAGCAAGGAGACCUCGCCGCCAUGGACCGCCGGAUUAAGUUGAUUAUGGCCCUCAUGGCCUGGCCCGAGCUGCGUAAAGGCCGUUGGCAGAACCCCAUCCCAUUUCCUGAGCUGUUUGAUGGCGAGAUGGAGAAGCUCCCGGAGUUCAUCGUGCAGACCCUGUCCUACAUGUUAGUAGAUGAGAAGACCUUCGACACCGACAAACGCAAGGUGAUGUUCCUCAUCACCCGCCUCAAGGGCCGGGCCCUGCAGUGGGCUAUGCGCUAUCUCCAGACAGACAGCCCCAUGCUCAACAAUUACUCCGGCUUCCUGAAUGAGAUGAAGGAGGAGUUCGGGUGGGAGGAGGAUGAGGACUUCUAGGCCUCUGGCAAGCCUGGCCUGGGGCAGGGGCUACAAGAGGCUACAAGAUGAGCUCCUGUCGUUUAGUGGGCAGAUCACUCGCCGCCAGAGCAUUUCAUUACCUCCUACCCAGUGGACAGUCUGCAAGCUUCUGCCCAUAAGGCCUGCGCUGAUGCUGCCAUUUCAAGCCCCUGCACAACCCAUAUGUGGACUGGCUGCUGCCCUUAACUGACCCGGACUCACCUGGGAGGUACCUGGGCUGCCCACGGCCCAUGGACAUUGAUUCACCUUCAGCGGGACCCUUCCCCUCCCUGCUCCCAGAAACCUGCUGUCUCCCAUUUUGUCUUGUGGACUAGCUGGUUUUCCUGAGAAACCAGCUUGCAGCUCUUUCUCUGAUGUGUAUGCCUUUUCCAACACAGUAGCCCCUGUGCUCUUUCCUUCUUGUCUGCUCUACCUGUACAGAAGCCUUUUCCUCACGUUGAAUAAACAUCAGAUGCUAUUUAAAAGGAAA